CGGGGGGGUGGAGGGUAUCAACCUUUGCUUCUAAUUUGGCAAGAAAAUUUUAUUCAAAUGUGUUCUCUUCUUUUACUGAGAAACCAUCGUGCUCCGACUCUGCGUGCAAGUCAGACCAAAAUGUGUGUGAGCUUGUGCAUGCAUGUGUUUGUACAAGAGAAGGAGGGGAUGCAUGGUGUGUUAUGAUAGCCCUGAUGGUCUCAGGUUACCUGUGCCGGGGUAUGAUGAUGAGUAAUGCUACACACACAUGCAGUUUACUUAGUUUUUGUUCAGCCACACACACAAGGGCAUAGAGGGAAGGCUUUGGCGCUCUCCUGAGAGCUGUUAGAAGAUAUUUUCACCUUACGCCUCAGGACCCGUCCAUGCAGCUAUGAUCUUCACAGCAGAGCAGGUCACCUGCGUGUGCGAGGUCCUGCUGCAGAGCGGCUGCAUAGAUCGUCUCGCCAGCUUCCUCCGCACUCUUCCUCCUGCUUCCUCCUCCUCGUGCCCCGGGGAGCUUGAGAGCGUGCUAAAAGCCAAAGCCGCGGUGGCCUUUCACCAAGGGCGCUUCUCAGACCUCUACACCCUGCUGGAGGGCUUCCCCUUCUCUCCACGCAGCCACCCGCUCCUGCAGCAGCUCUGGCUGCAAGCCCACUACAUAGAGGCAGAGAGGCAGAGGGGUCGACCCCUGGGAGCUGUGGGGAAGUACCGCGUGAGGAGAAAAUUUCCUCUACCAAACACCAUCUGGGACGGAGAGGAGACCAGUUACUGCUUCAAGGAAAAAUCUCGGAGUAUCCUCAGGGAGUGGUACCACCGUAAGCCGUAUCCCUCCACCCGAGAAAAGCGGGAGCUAGCAGCAGCCACCGGCCUCACCGCCAUCCAGGUCAGCAACUGGUUCAAGAACCGCCGGCAGAGGGACCGCAUAGUGGAGUUUACCGGGUCAGUGAAGGGCACCAGCUCGCUUUUUCAGACAGGCUCUCGAGGACCUUCAGAACAAGCCUACCCAUCCUCUGACAACGACCUUUCACCUCCAGGCAGUCCCCAGUGCUGCAGUGAACCACCUCCACCCCUUUUCCAUCCACCGCCUCCUCCACUGCACCACACAUGUGGAGGGCAUCCAGAUGUUUAAACUGUCCAGUGGUUGAUAGAUCAUCAUAAUUUCUGUUGUAAUUGAAAGUUUAUUACCAAAACAAGACCUAGAAGAUCCCGUACAGAGACUUAAAUGGUUAAAGAACAUCACACGAGACAGACAUCAGACGCCUGGGGAUUAAACCCAACAGACUGGAUCACAGGUGUGGCAAAAAGGUGCAUCUCCACACUGCAUUCACAGAUGAAACCAAAGCAUUUAUAAUGAUCAGGGAAUUAUUUUUAUUUUUUAAAGGGUACGUGCUGGUAAACUCCUCCCACGUUCACCCAAAGGUUACACACUGAACCAGGAGACAGAGUUUUCAGUGUUUACGACUUCCUGAAAUGUCUCAAAACUGUAAGAGAACCUGAAUAAAAUAAUUUCACAAUCACUGCGGUGUGAUCUUUUACCAUAGUAACAUCUUCAUCUUCAUGAUUUUCAUCUUGCUGGCACUUCAUAACAGCCAAGGCCAUGAGGAUCUUCACUGAUGUGAAGGUAAAGUCAGGAGAAGGUACUCACAGAUAAACUACGAAAAGCGUCCUCAGCAGCACCGCUCGUCACAGGUCGUUCUUAAAGGGGGACCCAUCGUGCUUUUGCUGAUUUCCCUUCAUAUGUAUAUAUAAACGGCUACAGUUGUGGAUGCUCCUAUUAAAUAUGGCCAAAGCUUAAGCUUGAGAGUGCUCCAAAUGUGCUUUUUCACAGUUUUUUUCUACUCUUGGCUCUGAAUGAUGUCACUGAGAGCAGAUAUUUUAUUAUUUAUGAUGGGCAGCCAAUCA